GUUUUGAUUGGUGUGAUUUUUGUGCUUGAACGUAAAAAUGAGUAAAACCUUGAAUCAAAUUACAGUUUCAUUGUAAGUAAGACUAAAACUGAAAUGAGAAAGGAUACAAAACAACUUGACGUGGAAAAACGAAAAAUGACGAACGCUGACUGGGAUGAAGUGAAAAGGCUAGCUGCUGAUUUUCAAAAGGCACAGCUUAGUAAUGCAUUACAAAAAUUAUCAGAGCGCAAUUGUGUUGAAAUUAUUAUGAAACUUACUGAAACUAAAUUACUGGAUGUGAUAUUUACAAAUGAUGGUAAAGAGUAUGUAACUCCACAACAUUUGAUUAAAGAAGUCAAAGAUGAAUUGUACAUUCACGGUGGUCGUAUCAAUUUGACUGAAUUAGCUAAUAUUCUGAAUGUUGAUUUGUCCCAAGUUACAAAAGCAGCUAUUGAUAUUGAAAAGCAUGAUAAAGGAUCGAAAAUAAUUCUUGGACAGUUGAUUGACAAGUCUUAUACCUAUAAAAUAGCUGAGGAAAUUAAUGAUAAGCUCAAUCAAAAUGGAUUUAUAAAUAUAGCUGACUUGACGCUUUUUUAUGAUCUACCUGCUGAAUUUCUACAAAUUUUAGUUGAAAAAGAAUUAGGAAAGAUAAUCUUUGGAAAACAAGAUACACAAGAACCACGUAUAUUCUACAAUCAAGGGUAUAUUGCUAGGAAUGAAGCUAAAAUAAGAGGAGCCUUAUCUGCAAUAACAAAACCUACUCCAAUUUUAGCUGUUCUAGGUCAAUGUUCUAUUCCAGAAAAAAUAUUUUUUGCUAUUUUGGAAACUUUGCAAGAAAAAAAACAAGUACCAGGAGUUGUUACUGGCAAGCAAAGUAGUAAUAGUAUUUAUGUUCCUACCAUUUAUUCAAAGAGUCAAAGUGAAUGGGUAGACAACUUUUAUAAGCAAAAUGGGUAUCUAGAGUAUGACGCAUUGACAAGGCUAGGAAUUUCAGAUCCCAAGAAUUUUGUUAAACGUCAUUUUCCCAAUGAGAAAUUGAUUAAACUAGAUACAGUAGUAGUUGGUCCCAUGAUAAUUGAUCAAGUUGAUGCCAACAUUGAAGAUGUUGUAGCUACUGGAUCUUUCACUGAUAUUUAUCCUCUUUUACCAUCAGUCUUUAGUCCUGAAGAUGUUGAAAUUUUAUUGAAAGAAACUUCUUCAAGAAUGAAAUCAUCUAUUCAUAUUUUUGCAACAACUGUAAUUGUAUCUGAUGCCUAUUUACAAGCUUUGUACAAAAAAUUAGAGCCAUUGGCUGAGAAGAAAGCUAAAGAAGCUGUUGAAAGUGGCAAGUGGCUCCAAACAGUGGUUGAAAAUAAAUUAAAAUCAAGGACAAUGGAUGCUGUGGAUACUAAAGUUGAUAGAAAAGCUGAAAGAAGAAAGAAAGCAGCCACUGGCAAAGCUGGUGGUGGAAGUCAAGGAAGAGAAACAAAAACCAAAUCAACAAAGAAAAAGUAUCAUAACAGCAAGAAUCACGAUUUUGACAAUUCAGAGGAUGAUCAGGCAGGAAUAACUAACAAUAAAGUUGAUUUAGAACUAUUUACUUUAGAUUACAUUAAAGAUCAAUUAAAUAAAGAUGCGAACUUCUCUGACAUGAAUGAAUUUGUUGACGAACUAGCGACUCACUUUCACUUAUUACUUAAUAAAUACAUAGCAGUAGUAGCUGAACAAUUAUUGCAAAAGAAUAAAACUACUAAUCUCAAUGACCUAGAUGAUCGUCUUAAUGUAUUGAUAUCUAACAUAAGAGUAUUUGAGAAAGGAAUAAAGUGUUUGGAUAAAAAUGAUCAAACAACAAUGGCUAAGUAUUUGUUAAAGACUCUAGCUGUGGAUUUUGCAACUGAAAUUUUCAAAUUAGCAGCUCACCAAAAUGUUAUACAAUGCUCACCAAACUUAACUACAGAAGCAAGGCAAAAAAUGCUUCAGGAUUUACCCAAGGACGUCAAAGAACCAUUGACAAACUUACAUAAAGCUCUUGCAGGAGAUUCUAUUGAAGAAUUCUUGAAUACUGUAGAACCAGCAUUAUUGGUUUGUUGUUUAGUUUUGAAAAAGUACGAUAAAAAGAAGGAUAAGGCAAUUAUUGUUGGUCACAGAGAAGCACUGCUGGAGCAAUUAUUUAAUACACAGGAUCCAGCUUUAGCACUGCACUUAACAACUGCAAUAUUAUUCACAGCUGCAACAGAAAAUAUAUUAUAUAUGUCUGGAAGACAUGUUUCAAAUAUUGUUACUUUCCUCCAGCUGUAUUUACAACAAUCUGCAUCAGAAGCUGUAUCUAAAUAUCACAGUUUAGUAUUACAAUUUUUAAGCACUUCUGAUCCUGUUGAAAGAGAAAAAUUUCAAAAGCUUUUAGAAGAUGGCCUACAGCAAAUUAAAAGCAUUGCCAAGGAUUACAAAAAGCAAGUGAAGCAAGACAAAGUUCAUGAAUCUUAGAGAUAUUUCUAUAUAAAAACGCAUAAUUAACGUUGAUAUUUAUAACUAUACAUAAUAAUUAUAAUUUUAUUGAAAGUUUUUGGA